CGACUCGACACAAAAAAGGGACCGACUUCGAGGUAGCUACCCGUGGCACAACCCUUGCUGUGCAGCACCGACUGCGGAAAACGUCUGCGGUUGUUGCAAGGGUGAGCACGACCGCGUCGACCGAGGAUUAAUUAUUGACCCAGCCGCACGACCAGGACCGUGAUAGUGGUAUGAUUCAAAUUCUCCGACUACACCUAGAAAUCAAAGAAGUGCCUGCGAUUAUUGCCUUUUCUCUACGUGAAACUGCAAGGAAGUCGAAAUUUUUAUAAUCACCCCAAUCGCUAAACGCUAUCGCGUUUAUCCACUCCGAACGUCCCUGCAUUUAUACGGAUCGGAAAAACAAAAAAAAUGAACAUAUCCUGUACCAGGUACUGGAGUGUAGAUACUCCGAGUUUCCAUUCCCUUACAACACGAGCCCGAAAAUAAGUAGGCCGCUGAACGAAAGGCGUGGCGCGUGGUAACCCUAAGGCUGCGUGCUUUGUUGAAUCCGUGCA